AUGUUUUUCUGCAAUCCAUUCCACCAAACGAAUAACAAUAGAGAGGAAGGUGACGAUGGUGAUACCGGAUUCCGAUUCCUGAUCGAUCAUGACAACUUUUCAUCAUGGGAACCAUCGAACGAUUCGCCAAAUUUGGAACCAACUGCUUCCUUCUCCACUGGUUCGGCGGGGUCCACUUAUGACCGUAGCGAAGACUCAUCAUUUGCCAAUGGUAUGUUUCACGAUGCGUCCUCGGAUGCGAUAUUCCGACAAAGAAUACCGCAUCCGAGUGACCAACCAACGAGGAGAAGACUCACCACACGAUGGAUCAACGUUACAAGGUUCUCCAAGCUGAUGAUUCUUCUCCGCUGUGUGGCACUCGGUGUUUUCCUUCUCGGAUGGCCUUACUACACUUACUACAAUAAGGAAUCAAUGAAGGAUAAUACGCUAUGGAUCAAGGGUGCAUUACGGAUAUGGAAUGGAGCAGUCCCAAGUUCCAGCAAGCUGAUUGAAAUCAGUGGAGCUUCCAUUGGGAUUUUAGGCAAGAUUCCUUGGGCAAUCUCCAGCUUGUUCCAAUGGGAUUGCGUGGACGAUGCGAUUAUUCAUUGGACCAAGGGAUCAAUCCUAAUAGUUCCAAAGGCAAUCCUGGAGAGUGGUAGAGUGGCUGCCACUGCAACCCAUGCAACUCUACCAUUGAUCCUUGAGACUGCCACCAAAACCGUGGCACGGCCAAUCCUGCGAACUAUUGAUGAGUUCGCUGGCCCAGCACCAGGUGCCCAGCAAGCCUUGGCACUACUUGAUUUCUUGCAAGAUGCGGACCUAUGA